AAUUUUGUGUUUUGAAAGAUGAGUACUACUACUUUUGCCACUCAGUGCCAACCUAAACCACUGCCUAUUACUGAACAAGAAGAUGAACAAGAGCAGUCUGAGAUCUACCUGUGCGUACUGUGGUAUGGAGGAGAACUGGGGAUUGCUUAUUAUGAUUCUGGAGAUUGCUCCAUCUACUUCAUGGCUGAGUCACCUGACAAUAAAGACCUCAAGCUGCUUCAGAAAGUGGUUGAUGAAGUACUUCCAACAUACAUAUUAAGUAGUGCUAAGCAAGAUAAUAGUAUAGCCAAUUUUUUGACCAAUAUAAAAACUGUUACAGAAGACAAGCAAAGGGAAAGAAAGCCAGAGGUUGUCCUCUAUCCAAAUAUGGAUUUUGGCUUAGAAGUAAGCAAGCAAAGGAUCCUGUCUAGGCAAUUCCCUUUUGUCCCCUCUCAUAUGACAGCCACUGAGAAAAUUCUCUAUUUAUCUUCUGUUAUUCCUUUUGAGAGCCCACUUGUGGUAAGAGCAAUGGGAGGACUGCUAAAGUUCCUUGACAGGAAACGGCCUGGAGUGGAAUUGGAAGACAGUCAUAUUGCUGUCCCCAUACUGGCCUUUAAAAAGUUUGUAUUGACAGAUAUUGUAAAUGUGGAUCAAGACACUUACUGUGUGUUGCAGAUAUUUAAAAGUGAAAUACAUCCUUCUGUGUAUAAACAAGUCAGUGGGAAAAAAGAAGGGCUCAGUUUAUAUGGAAUUCUGAACCACUGUAGGUGCAGGUGGGGAGAAAAGCUAAUGAGAUUGUGGUUCAUGAGGCCCACGCGCAACCUGACAGAGCUGAACAAACGCCUGGAUGUUAUCCAGUUCUUCUUGUUAGCUCGGAACCAUGAAAUAGUUUUGACCCUACAAGAAUGUCUCAAAAAUAUUAAAAAUGUACCUCUUAUUCUUAGGAGGAUGGCUCUUUCUAACACAAAGGUCAGUGACUGGCAGGCACUAUAUAAAACGGUGUACAGUGCUGUGUGUCUCAGAGAUACAUGCCGAUCUCUGCCCAGCACCAUUGAGCUCUUCCAGACUAUUUCACAGGUCUUCACUGAUGACUUACAUUACAUUGCAAGUCUAAUCAGCAAAGUGGUAGAUUUUGAAAGCAGCACUGCAGAAAACCAUUUCACUGUCAGGCCAAAUGUUGAUGCUAUUAUUGACGAAAAGAAACGGAAGUUGAUGGGGCUUUCAGAUUUCCUUACAGAUGUGGCCCGGAAAGAACUAGAGGACUUGGAUAACAGGAUUCCAUCCUGUAGUGUUAUUUAUAUUCCCUUAAUAGGGUUUUUACUCUCUAUCCCACGCCUGCCCACCAUGGUGGAUAAGAAUGACUUUGAGAUUGACGGUCUGGAUUUCAUGUUCUUGUCAGAAGAAAAGCUACACUACCGCAGUGCCAGGACAAAAGAACUGGAUGGGUUGCUUGGCGACCUUCAUUGUGAAAUAAGAGAUCAGGAAACACUGAUCAUGUACCAGCUCCAAACUAAGAUUCUGGAAAAAUCUGCAGUUCUAAAUGAUGUGAUUGAAUACACAGCACACUUGGAUGUGCUCUUGUCACUGGCAGUAAUGGCUCGGGAGAAUGGAUAUGUCCGACCCCACUUCUCUCACUCUCACAUGAUCCGUAUUAAAGAUGGAAGGCACCCCCUGAUGGAGCUAUGUGCAAAGACAUUUGUGCCCAACUCAGUGGAGAGCUGUGAAACUAGUGGGCGAAUCAAGAUCCUCACUGGGCCCAAUUCAUCAGGAAAGAGCAUAUAUCUAAAGCAGGUGGGACUUAUUACAUUUAUGGCUCUGAUUGGCAGUUAUGUCCCUGCUGCUGAGGCUGAAAUAGGUGCAGUAGAUGGAAUCUAUACAAGGAUCCACAGCCGGGAAUCAGUAUCUCUUGGUCUGUCUACUUUCAUGAUAGAUCUGAACCAAGUAGCCAAAGCAGUGAACAAUGCCACUGAAAGGUCUUUGGUGUUAAUUGAUGAAUUUGGCAAAGGCACAAACACUAUGGAUGGACUCUCUCUCUUGGCUGCAGUGUUGAGGUAUUGGAUUAAACAAGCAACCAACUGCCCACAUAUUUUUGUUGCUACUAAUUUCCACAGUUUAGUGCAGCUGAAGCUCUUGCCUGAUACUCCUCUUGUCCAAUAUCUCACAAUGGACACCCACCAAGAUGGAGAUGAGCUUGUGUUUUUUUAUCAGAUCAAAGAAGGAGUGUCCACUGUCAGCCAUGCAGCCAAUAUUGCGGCUUUGGCUGGCAUGCCACCUAAAGUGAUUGCUCGAGGAAUAGAAGUGUCAGAAUUGCUCCGCAAUGGAAAGCCCAUCCAGCGCCCUGACCACUCCUCAAAAGAGAAACAGUUGCAAAACUGCAAGUCUCUAGUAGACAAAUUUCUCUCCCUAGAUCUUGAUGACCCUCAUCUGGAUUUAAAGGAGUUUAUGAAUAAAGAGGUGCUACCAUCCUCAGCCUCUAUACUUUAACAGUAUGGUGUGUCCUGUUGCAGUGUAAUAGGAAAGAGUUUGGACC